GAUGCGAUGAUUGCUGGGUUUUUCCCCCUCUACACUUUGGGAGCAGAUGGCAGUGAUGACGAAGCUCCCGGCAGUGAACACCACAAGCUGCUUAACUUCAAGAACUACCAGUUUGUUUUGGCCUUCACUUUUGCUGUUGAAGAGAUCAACAAAAACCCUGCUCUUUUACAUAAUGUGACUCUGGGGUUUGAUAUCCACAAUGUUCAGGUCGAAGCUUGGAAAACACUUAAAAAUCCCUUUGUUAGCCUCUUUGGGAACUACAACAUUCCCAACUACUCCUGUACAAGAGAAAACAAGUCUAUAGCAGUACUAACAGGACCAUCAGGAGUAAUAUCUGCCCAAAUUGGGAAAUUUCUGGACCUCUACAGGUUUCCACAGCUCACCUUUGGGCCUUUUGAUCGUGCCCUGAAUGACCAUAAGAAGUUCCCUGCUCUCUAUCAAAUGGCCCCAAAGGACACAUCGAUAGCCACUGCCAUGGUCUCCUUACUGCUUUACUUCAGGUGGAACUGGGUGGGACUGUUAACCUUUCGAGAUGAGAAUGGCUUGUGGAUUCUUCCUGAAUUGAAAGAAGAGAUGGAUAAGAAUAGAGUUUGUGUAGCCAUUGAGCUAGAAAUCCAAAACCAUAUCAUGCCAUUAAACUUCAUGACACUUUAUGACCAGAUAAAUAAAUCUUCAGCAAAUGUCCUCAUUAUCUAUGGUGAUUAUGAAUCCCUACUCUAUGUAAUGAUGUCUUUUGAGGAAUAUUUCAUAAAAGGAAAAGUUUGUAUCAUGAAUUCACAGUGGGAUUCAACCAUGAAGAGGAAAUAUUUCAUGAUAGGGUCAUUGCACGUACCUCUCAUCUUUUCACACCAUCACCCAAUUGUUUCCGGAUUUACAGAUUUUGUCAAGGCAAUGAACCCUUCCACGUACCCAGAAGACUUUUACCUUGCUUGGCUGUGGUUUGUCUCUUUUAAUUGCUCAGAUUCUGAGUCUGACUGUGUAACAUGGGAGAACUGUCCUCGUGAUGCCUCCUUGGAUUGGUUGCCUGAACACAUUUUUGACAUGACUAUGUCAGUGGACAGUUACAAUAUAUACAAUGCUGUGUAUGCUGUGGCCCAGGCUCUCCAUGAGAUGCUUCUUCAUCAAGCAGAAGUACAAACAGUUGGAAAUAGAAAGAAGACAGUGGCUUCCCACACACAGUUGCACCCUUUUCUGAAGAACAUCCAAUUUCACAAUCCUGCUGGAGAUCAAGUGAUUUUGGAUGAAACAAGGAAGUGGGAGGCAGAGUAUGACAUUGUGAACAUCUGGACUUUUCCAGAAGGUCUGGAGCUUAAGGUGGAAUUAGGAAAGUUUUUUCCACAUGCUCUACAUAAUCAUCAACUGUCUUUAUCUGAAGAUAUGAUUCAGUGGGCCAUAGGAACUACAGAGCGUCCUCGGUCUGUCUGCAGUGAGAGUUGUGGUCCUGGAUUCAGGAAAUCCACUCCGGAGGGAAAGGCUAUCUGCUGCUUUGUUUGCACCCCUUGUUCAGAGAAUGACAUUGCUAAUGAGACAGACAUGGAGCAGUGUGUGAAGUGUCCAGAUCACCAGUAUGCCAACACACAGAGAAACCAGUGCCUCGGAAGAUCUGCAAGCUUCCUGGCUUAUGGGGACCCCUUGGGAAUGGCCUUGGCCUGCGUGGCUCUUGGUUUAUCGACACUCACAGCAUUUGUUCUUGGGGUCUUUGUGAAACAUCACAACACCCCCAUUGUCAAGGCAAAUAACCAGGCUCUAAGCUACAUCCUGCUCCUCUCCCUCAUCUUCUGUUCCCUCUGUUCAUUGCUCUUUAUUGGCCGUCCCAACACAGUCACCUGUAUUCUACAGCAAACUACAUUUGGAGUUGUGUUCACUGCAGCUGUUUCUGCUGUUUUGGCCAAAACUGUCACUGUGGUUCUGGCCUUCAAGGUCACUACUCCAGGGAGAAGAAUGAGGUGGCUGCUUGUGUCAGGGGCUCCUAACUUCAUCAUUCCCAUCUGCACCCUGAUCCAGGUAACUCUCUGUGGAAUCUGGCUGGGAACCUCUCCUCCCUUCAUUGACACAGACACAUACUCUGAACAUGGCCACCUUAUCAUCCUGUGUAACAAGGGGUCCCUCACUGCCUUCUACUGUGUCUUGGGAUACAUGGGCUCCCUGGCCCUGGCCAGCUUCACUGUGGCUUUCCUGGCCAGAAACCUGCCUGACACCUUCAAUGAAGCCAAGUUCCUGACCUUCAGCAUGCUGGUGUUCUGCAGUGUGUGGCUCACCUUCCUGCCUGUCUACCACAGUGCCAAGGGCAAGGUCAUGGUGGCUGUGGAGGUCUUCUCCAUCUUGGCCUCCAGUGCAGGGCUCCUGGGCUGCAUCUUUGUCCCCAAGUGCUACAUCAUCUUGAUAAGGCCAGAUAGGAAUUGUCUGCAUGGCUUCCGGGAAAAAAGACAUCCUCAUAGAAGUAGGUCCUCAUAA